CAUCACUUACCAAACAUUGAUUUUUAAAUUCAUUAUAAUGCUCGUAAAUUAGGCUUCCAUUUUCUUGGAGUCAUCCAUUUCGUCGAACACCUUGCAGUCGCAGCAGUUCAGCUCCCUUCAUCGUCUCCGCGCCCUCAAUUCCAAGAUCAUGAAAUGUUCGAAACAAAUCAAACACCUAACAUCUUCAAUCCCUCCCACCCUCCCGCCUUUCUUUCCUCUCUUCUUCUCCACCCGCACUUCAAUCCGACCGCAAUCGAGCCAAUACCAACUCUUUGCCCCAUUCCAGAACCCAAAACCUCCCAUCCCUCCGUCCAAAUCCCAACUCUAUGCUUCCUUCUUCUGCUCUCUAAUAGAAAUCUAUCUAACCUGCACUCGUUUCUCUCAAGCAGCAGAGGCAUUUGUCAGCAUGAGAAGCUUCGGACUGAACCCGCCUCUCCGUUCAUGGAACCGCCUUCUCUUCAAAUUCAACUCAUCAGGUUUUCUCUCUCAGGUACCAAUCGUCUAUUCGGAACUGCUUAACUGCCAUGAAAAAUUCAAUGUCUUUGCACACAAUGUAAUGAUUCAUGCUCUAUGUAAAAUGGGUUUGAUAGAAAGAGCUCUUGAAUUGCUUAGAAAAGUUGAGACUGAUACUGUAAGCUAUAACACCGCUAUUUGGGGCUUUUGUAAGUGUGGAAUGGUGGAAUCUGCUGUUGCGUUUUUGUCUGAGAUGAUUAAAAAGAGUGUCAGGUUUGACACGAUUAGUUGUAAUAUUCUGGUCAAGGGAUUCUUUCAAGUUGGACUGGUUGAUGACGCUGAAAUUUUGAUGGAGAUGUUUCUUCGAGCAGGGGUUGGUAGGGAUAUCGUUGGUUUUAAUUCUUUCAUUGAUGGGUACUGCAAGCUGGGGUGUGUGAGCGAUGCUGUUAGUCUAUUGCAGAGUAUGAAGGAUGAAGAGGUUUUACCUGACAUUGUUACUUACAAUUCACUGAUUCAUGGAUUUUGCAAUGUUAAAGAGUUUGUUUUGGCAAAGAAUCUGAUGGAUGAGAGUGUUGUGAAUUCAGAGUUGAAUGUUGUAACAUACACUACAUUAAUAAGUGCAUAUUGUAAGCAGGGAUGGCUGGAUGAGUCAUUCUUGUUGUUUGAGGAAAUGGUUCGGAGGGGCAUCUUACCUGAUGUUGUUGCUUACACUACUCUCAUGAACGGUCUCUGCAAAGAUGGUGAUCUAACCAAGGGCUAUAAACUUUUUAGAGAGAUGGAGAACCUCGGUAUAUUUCCUAAUCAUGUCUCAUACUCUAGUCUUGCAGAUUCCUUAUUCAAAGAAGGUAAAAUGACAGAGUUGUCUGUUCUAUUUAAGGAGAUGGUUGUUCGAGGCAUUUGCAUGGAUUUGAUUUCAUAUAAUACUUUCAUUGAUGGAUUCUUUAAAGCUGGAAAGGUUGAUGAAGCUGAAGAUAUGUUCCAAAUGAUCUUGUCCUGCUAUCUCAUUCCCAAUCAUAUCUCGUACUCCGCGCUGAUUGAUGGACGUUGCAAGGCUGGAGAUAUUAUUGGUGCAGAACUUGCACUCAUUGAAAUGGGGAGGAAGUCUGUUGGUGCAAAUGUGAUUACCUACACUUCUAUGAUCAAUGGCUAUGUUAAAAAGAGAAUGCUCACUAAAGCUGUUGCUGUUUUAAGGAAGAUGAAAACAGAAAAUAUAUAUCCAAAUGUUGUAACUUAUGCGACACUCAUCAAUGGCCUCUCCAAGAUGAGAAGACACGAAGAAGCUCUUGAUUUGUGUAGAAAGAUGGUAGAGGAAGGCCUGGAUGCCAACCAUGUCAUGUAUGAUGUUUUGUUUAAUGUGUUGAGGAGAAACAAUAGGAUGAAAGAAGCGGAAGGCGUAUUUGGAAAGAUGAUAGUCAAGGGACUGUUGCCCGAUCGUGUUAAUCUCACCUCUGUGAUGGAUGGAUAUUUUAAGGCGGGGAAUGAGUCAGCUGCCAUGGAAAUUGGACUAGAGUUGAUGGAAAGAAAGGUAAGCCCUGAUGUUGUUGUUUAUAACGGCUAUAUAAAUCGCCUUUACAUGGUUGGGAAGUCUCAAGAAGCAAAAUCUCUUAUCGCUCAACUGAAAAGCAUGGAUUUGAAUCUUGAUCAUGCUACAUACAACAUUAUGAUUGGGGCUUGCUGUAGAAAGGGUAAUCUAGAUAAGGCAUUUAAAGUCUUUAGUGAAAUGAAGAGUUUCGGGGUUAUGCCUAAUAUCAUCACUUAUGAAAUUUUGAUUGCAUCACUGUGUGUGGUGGGAAACAUAGAAAAGGGAAUGGGGCUCUUGAAAGAAAUGGCACUAGAUGGAUUCUGCCCAAGUCCUUCAACUCACAAGAAAGUGCUGCAAGCAUGUUCUAAGUGGAAAAGGGCUGAUUUAAUAUUGCAGUUUCACCGACAAAUGGUAGCUGCAGGCCUUGAUCUUGACAUAUCUGUGUAUAAUACACUCAUUAAUAUCUUUUGCACCCUUGGGAUGACACGAAGAGCCUUAUGGGCUCUGAAUGAAAUGCGUGAAAGGGGGAUAUCAGCAGACACAAUUACUUUUAACUCCCUCAUUUCUGGACAUUGCAAUAGUGGCCAUUUUGAUAAAGCUUACACUGUGUAUUCUCAGAUGCUUCAUGAUAGGGUAUCCCCAAACAUUAAUACAUACAAUAAUUUAUUGGACGGGCUUUCAAGUGCUGGGAGAAUUACGGAGUCUGAUAUGAUAAUCAAUGAGAUGCAGAAAAUGGCGCUUGAGCCAAACUGUGUUACUUACACCAUUCUUGUAUCUGGAUAUGCAAAGCAAAGUGAUCUUAAGGAAGCUAUAAGGCUAUAUUGGAAUAUGGUGAAUAAAGGCUUCACACCUAGUGUAGGUACAUACAAUGUUCUUAUGAGCGAGUUUAUGAAGGUGGGAAUGGUUAAACAAGUUAUUGAAUUGUGGAAUGAAAUGCAAAAGAGAGGUAUCUUACCUAAUUGUUCAACAUAUGACAUGUUAAUUACAGUUUGGUCAAAGCUAUCCAAUGGUUUUGAGGUUGCUAAAUUGCUUAAUGAGAUAAAAGAGAAAGGUUUUAUUCCUUCUGAAAGUACUCUUCGUUUAAUCAGUAGAGCCUUUGCAAAACUAGGUAAGAAGAGAGAAGCUUUGAAGUUUCUCAGAACGUUGUAUAAAUCUAAAGAAAGAACUUAGUGAUUUCAAUCAUGCAAAAACAAGUUAAUGCCAGCAGAAAACUCAUAUGGUCUAUGUAAGAAGUGCUAUCGCAAAGUUACCUUACAUAACUUUAUUAUGCUAGAAAAAGUGGAGGGGUGCAAAUUCUUGCAAUCCGAUUCAUUUAUGGCAAGUUCUCACUUCCAAGCUGAGGCCACAAGAACUAGGUGGAUCUACAAAUGAGGAUUGAGGAGUGAUUGUGCAAAUUAGACUGAUUUUACUUUGGUAUCUUGUACAUAGCAGGAUUGUGGCGUUCUUCUCCUCCCAGCAUGAUGGGUUUAAGGUUUGGAGCUUGGACAGUUGCUGAUUGCUGUAGAUAAGAUAAUAGAAGCAGUUGUGACAUAAAGGAGGACUGUUUUCAGAUACAACAGUAUAUUUUAAUAGAGAGCACAGCGUGCUAAAUAUGGAAUAAGCUCAAAGCUGAAGAGAACGCGAAUGAGUGUUUUUUUUUCCUGUGUCGUAUAAGCUUCCCCUCUCGAAAUGAUUUCGGCCGUUGGAUCUAAUUAAUCGACACUGUAGCAAAACCGGUCGGUUAUCAAAAACCGUGCCCGAUUCGGCGGUCGAACCCCUGGUUCGAGCGGGUUAAUCCCGGUUUGGUGCGAAACCGGUUUCCAUUUGAACUGUAACCGGCCGGCCAACCGAUUCACGGUUCAACCAGUUGAACCGGCCGGUCCGGUCCGAUUUUAAAAGCCUUGGCCAAAAGGGACAUCGUGUAACAGGUUAGUAACACUUUGUUAAGCACAUUUUAAGGUUGACCUAUUGAUGCAUGUGUAUUUCUAUUGUGAUAAUGUUUUGCUGUUUUUUCUAGUUCAAAAUAAGUCUUCGAUGGAUCAAAUAAUUGAAAAGAUUUCUAUGACAAAAAGGAUUUGUGUCAAAAUUAGUCUUAAGGUCGUCCAAUUUGCUAUAAGAUGUGUGCAAUAUAAAUGAAAAUUUGACUCUUAACUGGACACAAUGAAGAACAAUGAUUCAUAUAACUGAUCUCAUAUAGUGAGAAACUGUUCAUGAUUGAAAUAUAAGUAAACAUUGUGUUUUAACUGAUUCAAAUUUUCUAUUGUUUUAUUUUU